UUCUUUAAUACUAGUUCUAGAAACAUGUAUUGCUCUUCGUGUCUUACAAAUACAGUAACUUGACCUUGAGAGUCGCGCUAAGUUUAGUUGUCGAUUUUCGCGUGACAGGCGUGAGGUGUUGUUCCCGCAAUAUGGUUGACUGGGACAACGAAGAUGUUGCCAAGCAAGUAAAGGUUAAUUGGGACGAUGAGGAAGAUGAUACUGUCCCGGAUUCUUGGGAUGCAGAACCAUCUAAUGAUUUAGUAACAUCUAAACCAGCUACUCAAGCCCCUGCUAAGUUGUCAGCAAAUGAGCGUAUAAAAUUAAAAGAAGAGCAGAAGAGAAAAGAAAGAAAAGAGAGAUUGCGAAAAGAGGAAGAAUUAAAACUUUCUCAACCUGUGACAGAACUGCAGCGUGAAAAGCUUGCCGAAGAAGCAGAGCUUGGAUUGUUAGUAGAUACUUUUGGUCCUUCUACUGUCCAGAGUAGUGAUAAAGAAACAAUUGAUUCAUGUUGUCCAAAAACCAAAGAAGAUUUCAACCAUUUACACUCACUACUUGUGGCUAAAAUCACAACUAUACAGAAAUCCCCUCACUACACAGAAUUUGCUGAAAGUUUAAUUCGUGACCUUGUUAUUGAAAUGGAAGUUGAUGCUCUUCGAACAGUUAAUGCUGUAAUAAAUGCGUUGAUAAAUGAAAAACAAAAGCUUGUGAAGAGCAAAACAAAGAAAAAAACGAAAGGUAAAUUAUUGGUCGAAAGAGAAAAUGAUUAUGAGUAUGGUGUUGAUGAUAAUCUCGCUGACGAGUAUGAUGAUUUUAUGUGAAUAUAUAUGCAACAAAGAAAUAUUGUUUUCUAUGAAAAUUUUUUUGCUCCUUGUCAGUUAUUUCUUUCGUUAUUUCAAAAUAUGUAACAACUAUUUUUUCAAAUCAACGAUGUGUCGUUGAAGAAUAGGCAUCGUAUAACUGCUUGGAUCGAAAUCUACUUAAGAGUUUAUACAUUGUGGUUUGUGUAUACUCUAGUUCUGAAAUGCUAAUAAAUAUUGUACAUUCUCGUUCAUAGCAUCUAUUAUAUAUAUAUUUUUCUGCUCUUUGGGAAAAGAUUAAUAGUAUGUCAAAUCCGAAAUUUUCUUCACCCCUCCCCUUACAAGGUACUCGAUUCCCACUUUUGUUCUUUACACUCCAUUGUAGUUUUGAGUAUUUCUAUCUACUUUAUUCGGCUUUGAAAUUCUGAAAUUGCAUUAACUUUGUGCUCUAUGGGUUUUAUACAUAAAAAUGGAAUAUUUUAAAAACUGCGAAACGUUCAAAUGAAAUAUAUUAAAAAAGUACUGAUCUACAUUUUCUGUCUUCAAUUUUACUUUUUGGAAUAAAAUAUUUUGAACAACCA